UCCGCCGCCGUCCACGCGCGUGCACGCAGUCCGCUUCCGGUUCAAAGAUGGCAGCCACCAUGAAGAAAGGAGUGGCAGCUGAAGAUGUCAAUGUAACAUUUGAAGACCAGCAAAAGAUAAACAAGUUUGCCAGAAAUACAAAUCGGAUGUCUGAAUUGAAAGAUGAAAUCGAGGCCAAAAAGAAAUCCUUACAGAAUUUAGAGGAUGCCAGUGAAGACCUCAUGAUGUGUGAGGACGAUGCUAUGCUGAUCCCAUAUCAGAUCGGAGACGUGUUCAUCAGUCACUCUCAAGAAGAGACGCAGGAAAUGCUGGAGGCAGCAAAGGAAGCUCUGCAGGAUGAGAUCAAAGCUCUGGAGGGUCGUGUGUCAUCCAUACAGGUGGUCCUUGGAGAUUUGAAGAUUCAACUAUAUGCCAAGUUUGGAAACAACAUCAAUCUAGAGGCAGAAGAGAGCUGAAACCUCAAGCUUGUGGACUUGACCUCACAGACUCUCAGUCUCCAACAGGAUAUGACAUUUCUACUCUAUAAAACAAGUUCUUCUCGCCCUGUUCACUCUGCUGAUGUUUGUUGCAUUUCACAUGUUGUUAUGUUUAGUGUAUUAUCUGAGCUAUUGCAUGCAGGUGGUUUGGAGGCUGGAUAAGAGGCACUGAUGUAAAAAAUAAUAAUAAAAAAAGCAAAACAUUUA